AUGGACGGACUUCGAGUGUUCACAGGGACUUGGGCGGCCCUGCUUCUCUGUGGAUUCUCACCGUGGGUUUAUGGGAAAUUCAUUUCUGACAAUUUUGAAGACAAAUUAACAGCCCUGUCUAAGGUGGUCGAUUAUAUCCAUCAGAGACCUGGUCAAAUGAACGCCGAUGCAACCUUUUCUGUCACUAUUGUUGAAGCUAAUAUAGCCGCCACUCUGUUGGACAAAAAUGCGCAAUACCUUGAAGAGAAAUAUUGGAGUACUUUAAUGAGAAUGUUGAAGCUCUGUGACCAAAUACGACGGUACCUAUUAGACCGUCUCGUUCCAGAAAGUGAGGACGUCCGAUUAUUACACGAUACAUUGAACAAUCCUGCUCUAUGGAUGAAACAUAUAUUCUGGCAAGAUGGCGUCCUUCAGAGAGGAAGUGAAACAGUUGACUUAACUUAUCAGGACAUCCGGGAUUUGAUAAUGCAAGGUACUCCCAAAGAAGAAGAAAGUGAUCAAUGUCUUGGGGAAAUUGUUAGGAACAAUUUGAAGUCUCAUCAUCAGAUGCCUGAAGUAUGCAUAGAGAUAUUAAUGAGACGGGACUUGGCUAGGGGAUAUCCGUUGACUCACAGACUGCUGAUCAUCCAAGUAGCUCAAACGUUGAGCUGUGAGCGUGGUUUACCUGUACGGUCAUCUGACCUGAUUCUUUCUUACUGUUCCUCGAUCCUUCGAGAUCUCGUAGACGUUGAAGCAGCUGGAUUUCCUUAUCAGACUCCAGAUUUGAUGAUGGAACAAGUUCUUCUGUGCGGUAUGGAGGGCUUCCUCGAGUUUACAGGCGGCCAUUACGAACGGUUGGUGUUGGCUUGGGCUCAUCCUAGCGGAUGCUUUAGUUCCUUCGGGAACAAAUAUGCCGAAAGUCCGUUACGCAUGGUCCGAAGAGCCUCAACGCCAACGGACUUCGGUUGCGACAGCCACGCCACUGGCCUCGCCGCGGCGUCUCUUUCUCUGUUCGUUCGCGAGAACGUGGAGAACCUAUUUACAUAA